AUGGGUUUUUUUGAUCGUCGACGCCGUAGACUAUCACGCCGGGACAGAGAAGUCCCAAUUCUUGAUUUCCCCAUCACGCCGGCGAACUCCACCGCGCCUUCGAGAUGGGGGAGCUAUCGUCAGACUCUUGACGAUUUCUUUCUCAACGGCGCCGACGAGCAGAGAAAAAGGUGUCGCAGAGAGCGAGAAUCAAGUACCAUCACAGCGUGCCGGGUUCUCGACGCGCCUGGUCUCGAGGACGGCGAUCACCUAAACCUCCUCGACGUCCUCGACGACGUCGUGCACUCUCUGAACCCUGGCACCUCCGCUCAUGAGAUCGUCUUCGACUACAUGGGCAGUUCAAUUUCGAGCCUCAGCUGGGCCCCCGACGGCCGCCACCUCGCCGUCGGAACGUACGAUUCGCUGAUUUACAUAUGGGACGUCGAACGGAAGUGCCCGACCAGGACACUGAGAAACGCGCACCGGAGGUCGUCCCGGGUCGGGUCUCUGGCCUGGAAAGGCGAUGACAUGCUGACCUCGGGGGGCUCAGACGGCAGAGUUGUCAGCAGCGAUCCCAGGAUCCCGUCCGCAGCCCACGUCGUUCAAAGCUACCGAGGACACGGGCCCGGCGACAUUUGCGGGCUCAAAUGGUCUCCCGAUCAUGCAAGCUCCAAGCAGCUGGCGAGCGGAGGCAGCGACGGCCUGGUUCAUGUAUGGGAUGCCCGCAACCAGGAUCAGCGGGCCUUUCGUUUCAAGGUUGCCGACAGGGAUGCCUCCGUCAGGGCCCUUGACUGGUGCCCUUUCAAGGGCUGCUUGCUGGCCACGGGGGGAGGUGUCGGAGGGGACGGCAACAGCAACGGAUCCAUCAGGUUCUGGAGCACGCAAACCAGUGCCUGUGUGGGGUCGGUGGAGACGGGCGGCACCCGGGUCUCUGCCCUGCUGUGGAGCAAGAACAGUCAGCAACUGCUGAGCUCCUGCAGCGGUGGUAACAUGACCCUUUGGGACUACCCAUCGCAUGCUAGGACUGGGGACCUCGUGGGUCACACCGCACGGGUUCCCUACGUGGCUUUGAGCCCAGAUGGCACCACGGUUGCAUCGGCUUCGGGGCCCGACGACCACUCAACGCUGAGACUGUGGAACAUUUUCCCCCCAGUUCCCAAGCCCACAUCUAGACCGCCCUUCAGCGGUUCGUAUCAUGCGCACAUCAGGUAA